AUGGUGAGCCUCGUCGCUACACUUGCUUCGCCGCGGGAUUGGCCUGCUAGUGCUUUGCUGCUGGUGGCUACUCUUGUUAUUUCGCUUCUUGUUCGUUUGCUGAGGCGGCCUGGCCUCCCUUCGGGUGCGUCUUUUACGGAAUGGGGUGUGCCCUUCAUCGGCUCCCUCAACUUCUUCACCAAGAGAGGCGAUUUCCUACGAGAGGGCACGAAACGUAGCCCCAACGGUUACUUCAACUUUUACUAUGGCUCGUAUCCUAUCGUCGCUCUCUCAGGAGAAAAAGCUCGCUCAGCGUAUUUUAAUGCGAGAGGUCUUGAUCUGAGCGCUGGAUUCAGGAAACUCUUUUCUGCUGGCCCUGACAUUGACCGUAUGCUUGGCUGCAAUAUGAGUGCUUACUUUACAGUGCUCUUCAAGAAGCUUACUGCCAAGGAACACCUGGUCACUUGUCUUCCUUACCUGAACAAAGAUGCCCGCGAUGCCUUCUCCGCAGUCGACACGUCUGUUCCCUUGGAUCCCUUUGUAGUUCUUUACGAUUUGCUUUGCAAAUUCACUCACCGCACUGUCGGCUGCCAUGACGUUGCCGAAGACCCUGCGCUUCAGGAGAAGACGAUGCGGUACUACGAGAAGCUGGAUAAGACUGCCGCCAUACAGGUCAUGUUUCCGUGGCUGCCUACGCCCACGAAGCUCAACAAGAUAUGGGCGGGGGCAAAGCUGCAUAUGCUGUUUGGGGAUAUAAUCCGGGAGAGGCGAAAAACUGGUCGUAAGGCGGAAGACGUGAUGCAGUACCUGAUGGACAAAGGAGAGAGCGAUUUGCUGUCGUCAGCUUUUAUUAUUGGCGCCUUGUUCGCCGGCUUGAUCAAUACGGGAGUCCAGUCUGCGUGGAUCCUCUGCUAUCUCGCUCAUGACCCCGUCUGGUAUGCAAAGGUCAGAGCUGAAGUUGACGCAGCUGUUGAGAAAUAUCGCACUUCAGACGACCAGGCGCCAGUAGAUGUUCUGGCAGGGCUUUCACUCGAGGCAUGGGAGUCUGAGUUCCCUUGCAUCGAUUUUGGAGUGCGGGAUAGCAUUCGACUGAACCUCAUGGGAGCUUCGAUUCGCCAGAACACUUCUGGGAGGGAUAUCGUGCUGGGUGAUACCGGCGUCGUUGUCCCGAAUCAAGCUUUUGCGGUGUAUCAUGUGUCCGAUGUCCACAUGGACGAGUCUACUUACAAAGAUCCUCUCAAAUGGGAUCCUGGGCGAUAUUUCCCCGACAGGGGGGAAGACAAGAAACGCCAACAUGGAUAUAUUGGCUGGGGAACUGGAUUACACCCAUGUUUGGGAAUGAGAAUUGCAAAACUGGAACUGUUUGUUUCUACGGCCACCUUUUUCGCCAUGUUUGACUUUAAAGCCGUGGAUAAGAAUGGGAAUCCGGCGAUGGGGCCGCUGCCGUCUUAUGAUAGUAAUGCUCUGGUAGCGAAGCGUAUGAUUGACACUGUCUAUUUCAAGUGCGAUCGCAGGUUUUAG